AUGGGUUUCUAUUGCCGCCUAUGCCUCUCUUCAUACCCCACCAGACGCUCGUUUCAGCAACAUCACAUUCGUUAUCAUCGACAUCCCAAACCAGAUCCGCCACAGUCCACCAUUUUCCGCCACCCGCUCAUCAAUGCCCUUCCCUGCGAUGCCGAUGGUGUAUUCUUACCACCAGACACCGCCCCACCAGCCCAAGAUCUAGCGCCAAACUGGGCCCCGUUCUACGACAAACCUUCGUUUGAGUUCUGUGAGCUCAAAUUUGAGAAGACAAAGACCGCCAUAGACGACAUCAACGCCCUUCUUCGUAUCUUGCGCGAGAAGAACCAGGUCGACGGCAAUAACAACCCCGCCAUAUUUGACGACCACGACCAUUUCCUGGAGUUCAUCGAUGCGAUCCCAUAUGGCGAGGCGACCUGGCAUACGUUCGCCAUUCGCUACACCGGCCCCGUCCUUGAUAACUCGCCGUCCUGGAAGCGUCGAACGUUUAUCAUUCACACUCGCGAUCCGAAAGUUGUCUUCUCAAACAUGAUUUCCAGCCCCGAAUUUGUGAAGAGAUGGGAUUACGAGGCCUAUCAGGAAUUUACCAACCCCCAGAACCGACGGUAUUCGAACUUCAUGUCCGGCCAGUGGGCCUGGGACGAAUGUGACGAGAUCGCAAAGGACCCGGCAACACACGGUUCCAUGCUUGUCCCGAUCAUCCUUGGUGCCGACAAGACAGUAGUCUCGGUCGCUACUGGCAACCAAGAGUUCCAUCCUCUAUACGCAUCGGUCGGGAACGUUCAGAAUGAUGUUCGUAGGGCGCACGGAGAGGCCGUCGUGCCUAUAGCGUUUCUGGCGGUCCCGAAGACUGCCCGAGGAGAAAGUGACACGGCGGAGUUCCGUGUCUUUAAGAAGCGGCUAUAUCACGCUGCGAUUGCCCAUAUACUCUCACCACUGAGAGAUGCAAUGUCACGUCCGAUUGUCAUGCAGUGCUGUGACGGGCACUACCGCCGUGUUAUAUUCAGUAUCGGGCCUUUCAUCGCAGACUACCCGGAGCAAGUGGAUCUUGCAGGCAUUGUACAGGGCUGGUGCCCUAAAUGUCUCGAACGUCCACCGCUGGAGGGUACUGGCUGCCCGCGGUCUCGCGAACAUCGAGCUGCUGCACGGGACGCGUUCGCUCACGAUGCUGGGAUAUUGUGGGAUGCACUUGGUAUUGUGGCUGGUGUCACGCCUUUCACCGAUCAUUUCCCGCGUGCCGAUAUCCACAAGCUCCUGUCACCCGAUCUUCUCCAUCAAAUGAUCAAAGGAACCUUCAAAGAUCAUCUCGUCGAAUGGGUUCAUCAAUACAUCAAAGGUCACCAUUCUUCGGCGGACGCAGAGCGCAUCAUGGACGACAUCGACAGAAAAAUCUCUUCUGUUCCGGCUUUCCCAGGGAUCCGACGAUUUGCAGAAGGUCGAAAUUAUGAGAGGUGGACGGGUGACGACACAAAAGCACUUAUGAAGGUCUUCAUACCGGCGAUCCGUGGUCAUGUACCUGACAAGAUGGUACAGGCUAUCGCCACGUUUAUGGAUUUCUGUUACAUGGCCCGUCGUACGUCUCACGACACGGCUUCUCUCACCGCCAUGAACGAUACCCUUCGGCGCUUUCUCGACCUCCGUUCCGUCUUUGUCGAAACCGGGGUUCGUGUUGAUUUCGCGCUGCCGCGCCAGCACGCUCUGCUCCACUACGUGUAUGGUAUCACCCUAUUCGGUUCACCGUAUGGAUUGUGCUCCUCCAUCACGGAGUCGAAGCACAUCGCGGCGGUCAAGGAUCCGUGGAGGCGGUCAAAUAGGGACGAACCUCUCGUCCAGAUUCUCCAGACCAACACCAGGAUGUCCAAACUUGCUGCUGCACGAGCCGAAUAUGGACGGCGUGGAAUGUUACCUGUCACAAUACAUGGCAAACUCCUCGCAGAUCUUGACGGGGAAGAUGAUCGUGAUGUCGCUGAUGUGGCGGGGCCGUACUCUGCGUUGGUGGUGUCACUGGGAAAGAAACCAGUUCGCACUACAGAUCUUGAAGAUCUUGCUACCGAACUCAAUCGACCGCUGGACGAGUUUCGAUUACUGAUCCGACGCUAUCUUUAUACACAGAUCUUCCCUGACGAGGAUCUGCCGGUUGCCGAUGUCGACACCGACGACCUUCCAUUCCUUUCCAACUACACGAAUAUCGGCAUCUUCAAAUGUGCACGAACAGCAUUCUAUGCUCCCAGCGAGGAGGCGGGACCUUGGGGCAUGCACGCAGAGGUGAUUCGGUGUAAUCCGUCUUGGUACAGACAGUACGAACGCCGGGACACGAUGCUCGUGCAGACUGGUGAUGAGGGUGAUGUGAUGGGCGGUAUGUUGGUAGCGCGCGUUGUGCGCUUCGUUAGAAUCAAGUACGGGGAUAUCGAGUAUCCUUCCGCUUUUGUUGAAUGGUUCCUUCCUGUAGAUGAUCAACCUGAUGCUGUUACGGGGAUGUGGAUUUUAGAACCGGAAGUCGACGCCACCGGUCGUCGUACACUGGACAUUAUCUCCCUAGACUCGGUUUUCCGUUCUUGCCAUCUUAUUGGAGUUAUGGGGGCGGAAUUUUUACCUAUAGACUUCGACUUCUCCUUCUCUCACGACGCUUUCGAUUCUUUCUACUUAAACCGCUACAGUGAUUACCAUAUGCACGAGUGUGGCCCUUUGUAG